AUGCUUCUUGUCAUCAUCGGCGGCGGCCUUGCCGGCCUUGCUGCCCUACCCCAUGGAAAGGCCUGCUCUUCUGCAAACUGCGCCCGCCAAGAGCCCGCUGGUAACAUCUCAAGCGAUACUUACUUCUACGGCCAGUCUCCCCCGGUCUAUCCCUCACCCAAUAUCAGUGGCCUGGCAACCUGGGCCGAUGCGUUUACCAAAGCCCAGGAUUUGGUAGGACAGAUGACCCUGGAGGAGAAGAUCGACCUGACGAGCGGUAUCUCCGCGAGUAAUGGAUGCAACGGGAACAUCCCCCCAAUCCGACGCCUCAAGUUCCCCGGCCUCUGCUUAAGCGAUGCUGGGAAUGGCCUUCGUUCGACCGACUUUGUUAGCUCCUGGCCAAGCGGGCUUCAUGUUGGUGCUAGCUGGAACAAAGAGCUGGCGGCCAAACGUGGGUUCGGAAUGGGCUCGGAGUUCAAGAAGAAGGGUGUUAACGUCCUGCUGGGUCCCGUCGUUGGGCCCCUUGGACGGGUUGCACUCGGGGGCCGAAACUGGGAAGGUUUCUCCAACGAUCCCUACCUUUCGGGUGCCCUCGUCCAUGAGACAGUCUCGGCCAUACAGGGGGUUGGUGUCAUCACCAGUACGAAGCACUAUAUCGCCAACGAGCAAGAGUCAUACCGCAAUCCCUCCGGCGACAUUCAAGCUUCAUCGUCCAAUAUUGAUGACCGGACCCUUCAUGAAUUGUACUUAUGGCCAUUCCAAGACGCUAUCCAUGCGGGUAGCGGUAACAUCAUGUGUUCGUACAAUCGCGUGAACAACUCUUAUGGAUGUGCCAACAGCAAGACCUUGAAUGGCAUCCUCAAGACGGAACUCGGCUUCCAGGGGUUUGUUGUCACCGACUGGGGUGCUCAGCAUGCCGGUGUUGCCACUGCCCUGGCUGGCCUGGACAUGGCCAUGCCGGUUGGUGGUCCCUUCUGGGGUGCCGAACUAUCCAAGGCUGUGUCCAAUGGCUCCGUUCCCGAGUCCCGCAUCACUGAUAUGGCUACAAGGAUCAUUGCAUCUUGGUACCAAAUGGGCCAAGAUCAAGGUUUUCCAGAGCCAGGUAUUGGCAUGCCCGCCUCCCUCACCAAGCCGCACAAAAUCGUAGAUGCGCGGAACGAAUCGUCUAGAUCCGUUUUAUUCGACGGCGCCGUUGAGGGCCACGUGUUGCUCAAAAAUGAAAAGAAAGCCCUGCCCCUUAAAAAGCCCAACCUGCUCUCCAUAUUCGGCUUUUCAGCCAAGGCGCCCGAUAACAACAACGUGGGCAGCGGCGUAUCGCCAUGGAAUCUCGGGGCCGAAUCGUUCAACUUUGAGGAUUUGCUCUCGGGGUUUAUAGCAGGGGAUGUGAGCGAGCGCCCAGCCAUUGCCUUCAACGGAACGAUCGUCUCCGGAGGCGGUUCUGGGGCUACCUCACAGUCACGGAUCAUCUCUCCCUUUGAUGCAAUAACCCAACAGGCAUACGAGGACGAUACGGCUCUGUUUUGGGACUUUACCAGUGGUGACCCCGAAAUCAAUCCCGCCUCGGAUGCCUGCCUCGUCAUUGUCAACGCCUUCGCUUCAGAAGGCUUUGACCGCCCGAACUUGCAUGAUGACUAUACGGACGGCCUGAUCAAAAACGUGGCUGACAAAUGCAACAACACCGUCGUCGUCUUCCACAACGCUGGCAUCCGGCUCGUCGAUCAGUGGAUCGACCAUCCCAACGUCACGUCGCUGAUAUUCGCACACCUGCCGGGGCAAGAUUCGGGCAAGGCGUUGGUCUCCAUCCUCUACGGCAAGUCCAAUCCCUCGGGCAAGCUGCCCUACACGGUCGCACGCAACGAAUCAGACUACGGCCAACUCGUGGGGCCAGACAUGCCGGAGGACAUCUUCGCCGCCUUCCCACAGAGCAACUAUUCGGAGGGCGUGUUUAUCGACUACCGGCACUUCGACGCCAAAAACAUCACUCCGCGGUUCGAGUUCGGGUUCGGCCUCAGCUACACGACCUUCGAGUACUCCAACCUGUCCGUCACGAAGACGUCCAACGACACGGCGGAAUUCCCCACGGGAGCGACGGUCGAGGGGGGGCCCGCCGACCUGUGGGACGUCAUCGCGCGCGCGACGGCGGACGUGCGCAACACGGGCGCCGUCGGCGGCGCCGAGGUGGCGCAGCUGUACGUCGGGGUGCCGGGCGAGGGGGCGCCGGCGCGGCAGCUGCGCGGGUUCGAGAAGCCCUUCGUCAACGCGUCCGGGACGGCGGCGGUGGGGUUCGCGCUGACGAGGCGCGACCUCAGCGUCUGGGACGUGGUGGCGCAGAAGUGGAGGCUGCGGCGCGGCGAGUACGGCGUGUGGGUCGGGGCGAGUAGCAGGGACUUGAGGCUGGAGGGGAAGCUGGUGAUUUGA